AUGCCCAAGGGCUCUUUAAAUUCCUUACUGUUUAAGAGUAAUUGCAAAAGUAAAGGAGAAGUGCUCGACUGGAAGACCCGAUUCGAGAAUGCAGUAGGCACUGCAAGAGGUUUACUUUAUCUCCAUGAGGAAUGCAGAGAUUGCAUCAUCCACUGUGAUGUUAAACCUGAAAACAUUCUGCUAGAUAGUAAUUUGUCACCGAAGUUGGCCGAUUUUGGAUUGGCAAAGCUUGUGGGUAGAGAUUUUAGCCACUUUUGGCAUGACGCUGUUGGAAACUUGGAAAUCAUUUCUGGGCGAAGAAAUCUAGAUUUAACCGCGCAAGAUUCAAGUUUGUAUUACUUUCCUCCGUGGGCUGCAACUCAAAUGCAGCAGGGGAAGACGAUGAAUAUUGUGGAGGAGGGUGUUGCAGAGGAGGCAGACAUGGAAGAGGUGAGAAGAGCAUGUGUUGUAGCGUUAUUGUGCAUUCAAGAGGAGGAGGAAGUGAGGCCUAGCAUGGGGCAAGUGGUGCAGAUGCUGGAAGGGAAGAUGGAGCUUCAAACUCCGCAGAUUCCGAGCUCUGCGGUUAGGCCACCACACCGAAGCGACACAAGCAGCUAG